AUGGGCGACAAUCUGGAUUCGGAAACCUUGGGCGAUGAAUCUGAUCAGGCAGCUCAGAGGACCUGUAAGAUAUGUUAUGGCAUAGAAGAAGAGAAAAUUGAUAUCUGGAUGGCACCAUGCAAGUGUUCGGGGAGUAUCAAGUGGGUCCACAAAGAUUGCAUGACCAAAUGGAUAGAUACGGCACCUUUUGUUCAGCAAAAUCAAUGUAAUACAUGCAGGUGUGUUGAGUUUUAUCUUCGUUUCUCGUUGAAUUUUAGAGUUAGGCUUCCUUCGGGGGUUCGAUUUAGGUUCUCUCGGCGCUGCCUAUUUACCCGUUGCGCUCCAGAAUUUGGAGUUGCCCUUAUCUUGUGAUAACUCCUCAUACAGUGUUAUCAAAAAGACAGUUGCCGGUAGAAAAAAUGUGUCGUAAAGAUUAUUUGUGCUUUGUUGAGAACCCACGUGACUUGCGGUAUACUUUCUGUAAUCUUAGUACUUUCUAUAACUGAAAAACAUUAUGUUUGAUAUAAAAUAUGUUAUACCUAUUUAUUAGAUUACAGUAAAAAUUUUAAAAAAUUAGGUCUGUCGUUUGGCGUAGCUGUAGAUGCUCCAGUUCAAAGGCUUUCUAUUUUUUUACAGUUUUUAAUUUUUGUGGGGGGUUAUGGGCAUUAGAAAAAUAUAAUUUAUUGGCCUAAUUUUAGUCAUAACUUUCUAAACUUUCGACUUUCCUUUAUCUUUUUGGCAAAUUUCACCAUUAUUUUAUAAAAAUUUUGAUUUCAGGUUCCCUUACAAAAAAUGCUGGAGUUUGAAGCCCGUGAUGAAAUGGGGCUGGCCCCGACUAAACCUGGGGUGCUGGGAUGUGAUUGAGAUCUUCCUAGAUAUGUAUUCAACCUUCAAACUGAUACGAAAUACAAUUUACACAAUCCAAGGGAAGAAGGGAAUCAUCGGACAUAUGGCAUAUUUCAUAUUCUGGAAGACAUUCAUCUUCAGCACGGCUCGAAUCGAGUAUUACAAGGCCAUGGCUAAGAAGGUGGCGCUUGCUGUAUUUGAGGCCAAUAUCCAGGAUGUUGACUAA